AUUUGAGCCCUGUGGGUCUACUGAAAUGACUAACACAUAAAGAGUCGCCCAGGGUAGUGAACCUAGUUCGUCUUGUUCCUCUGCUCUGCUCUGUGAAGGACACUCCCCCAUGUUGACUCGGAGUAAAGACAAGACGGGCUGCUGUUUCGUUGAAGGCUGUUGAAACUGGGCUUCUCGGCUGCUAAGGUGGAGAUAUAAAAACCAGACAGGGAAGGAUUCUAAGAAGAGGAGAMGCAACACCCCUUUCAUCAACAUGGGGGCUGCAAUUUCACGAUGGAGGGCUAAACCUUCCACUGUGGAAACUUUGGAAAGACUUGAAAAGGAAAUCCAGACUCUUGAAGACUACGGUGAAAAGUAUCAAAAGCAGUUAAAGAAAUGGGUCGGAGGGAUGCUACUGUACUCAUGUUUGCUGUAUUUGGUCACUCUCGUUGUCGUGUACUUGUGGUACAUGCCUGAACAGUUAAUGGGACGACUCGUAUUGAUUCUACUCUUUGUAGCAUUUCCAGCUUUAGUGUGGCUACUUCGCAAGGCACUUGUCGUUAUUUUUUCACGAAGAACUGAGAGAAAUAAUGAAAAACUGGAAGAUCUUAAAGAACAAAAAAGGAAAAUACUUGAGGAAGUUAUGGAAACUGAGACGUAUAAAAAUGCCAAAAUGAUUUUGGAAAGGUUUGAUCCUGAGUCUAAGAAAAAAAAUGAACUUGAAUCCACUCCAGUUGGACCCCAGCUGACUCCCAAACCAGGACAAGAGCUCCGUCAGCGGAUUGUCACUCCAAAGAUGCCACUGGUGGCGCCGAAUCCUGCAAACGGUUCUGCUGCCCGCCCUCCUCUCGCCUCUGGGCCCAGCUAUCCUGGCCGAUCUUCCCAUUCUGCUCCAGGUGGACCCCCAGAGAGGGGCCUGUCAGCAGUAGCUGCUCAGCAGAGCUUGAUGAGGAGGCCCAUGACCCCGGGAACACCUGUUCCAGGAGUCGGGAUGCACCCCCCAGGUCCACCACUGGCCAGACCUGUACUCCCAAGGGAAAGGGGUGCAAUGGACAGAGUCAUUGAGUAUCUGGUCGGAGACGGCCCUCAGAACAGGUAUGCUCUCAUCUGCCAGCAGUGUCUCUCCCAUAACGGCAUGGCAUUAAAAGAAGAAUUUGAAUACAUCGCCUUCCGAUGUGCAUAUUGUUACUUCUUGAACCCUGCAAGAAAGACCAGACCUCAGGCUCCCAGACUCCCUGAGCUCGCUGCUGAACUAAAGAUGGCAGCAGGCGAUGCAGCCUCGUCAUCAUCAUCUGCUACUGGUGAAGGGGAUCAGCCUCUUUCAGGAAAACCCAAGCUUGCUGAUGUCCCGCUUGGAACUGAUGCCCAGGAGCCAGGCACAAUAACAACCACCGAGCCCGGUUCUGCAUCAGACAGCCAAAACAACUUGGAGCCACAUGACUCGCCUUCUGAGAAAUCUGAUGAUGAGCAGGAUAUUUCUGCUAUGGAAGUGGAAUAAAAUGGCAGGGUGGCGAUUUCAGCUCUCUCCACUGGAUCGGGGUUUGUUUGAGGAAAGUAAAUAAGUCAGUUUACAAGUAAAUACCGUUCCAGUUACAAAGAUACAAUAAUAGUCAAGCUCUUAAAACCUGCUGAACUCCUUGAUGCUAAAAAGCUUUUAAAAUUGUAGCAGAAGUAAUAAGUUGUCUAUAUAAAAUAAUAGAGCGAAGGAUUAUGCCAGAUCUGAUGUUUUCAAAGUUGCAUUUUAUGUUUUUGGUUAUUGCCUUAUUCUAUUUGUGAUGAACUGAACUUUUGGUGUUUUGUUUCAGUAAGCAGGAAAUAGUACAAAGCAUGAAGUAUUUUGCGGGAAAAGUGUUAUUUAUGACAUAUUUAUAGCCAAUUUUCUUUUAUUGCUGCACUUGUUGUUUACAGUGCUUACUGGGGUAUUUGGCAGCCUAUAGGUGGAAAUAUGUUUACACAGAUACGGUACUGUUGACCCAAUGCACAUGCAGAACAUUAUGUAUUUAUCACUAAAAGCAAGGAAAGUAGGCUUGUUACAACUGUACUCUUCUCCUAAGUGCCUAUUUUAUAUGUUUGUUUUUUUUUGUCAAUAAAAUUAAACAUUUUAAUAGACAAUGCUACCUACCUGUUUUUAUUAGACUAUCGAUGUAUAAAUUCAUGUGUUGUAGAAAUUACACACAAUAAAUAUUUGAGAAAAACC